AUGACUUUGGAAGAAGGUAGAGAAGCCCAGCCCAGCUUCAAAGCUCUGGCCACCCUUCAGGCCACAGCACCAGACGCACAUGGAAUGCGGUGCCAGCUGACCGCACUGAACCUGCGCUCGAGAGCACCUGUCCUGGUGUCAGAAGCUCCUCCUACCUCUCGUUGCUCGGAGUUUGAACUCUUGCUUGUGGUUGUCAUUUUGCAGCUGGAUGCUGGAGAUGCUUCGAUGGCAUUCAUUCAUCAGUGCAGUGAGCAGAUGUCAGGGGUCUUUAUGGGCUGUGGGUGCAUAUGGCUGUCAGUGACGGCUCUAACUGGUCUUCUGCUGUCCACAGCUCCCAACCUGAAGGGCCGGCCCCGGAAGAAGAAGCUCUCCAUCUCCCAGCGGCGAGACUCGCAGGGCCAGAGCGGUAAUGCCAAGGAGCCCAAUGGCGUGGAGGGCAAGUCUCUUUUCAAGAUGAAGGUGGACACAAAAUCAGGACUGCCUAAGCCCAGAAACAACAGUGGCAGCAGUUGGAAAAAAGUGCCAUCCGAGGACAAGCCGAAGGUUGAAGGAGGUGAGGAGUGCCGGACAGAUGAGCAGGCCUUCCUGGUGGCGCUGUAUAAGUACAUGAAAGAGAGGAAAACUCCCAUUGAGAGGAUACCGUACCUGGGCUUCAAACAGAUAAACCUUUGGACUAUGUUUCAAGCGGCUCAGAAACUGGGAGGAUACGAGGUGAUAACAGCGCGACGCCAGUGGAAAAAUGUAUAUGAUGAACUGGGCGGCAACCCGGGAAGCACUAGCGCCGCCACGUGCACACGAAGACACUACGAGAGGCUCAUCUUACCCUAUGAGAGGUUUACUAAAGGAGAGGAGGACAAACCCCUUCCGCCGGUCAAACCCCGCAAACAGGAGGGCAGUGUCCAGGAGGCCAUUGUCAAAACAAAGAUGAUGGCCAUCAAGCGCCCUAAGGAUGAACAAAAACCGGUGCCUCUGAACGAAAUGGACAUCUCAGCUAAAGUCCCAGAGCUGGGGAUGGAGGACUCGGAACAGCUCCAGGAGAAGCAGGAUAGGCAACAGACCCUGGCUCUAACCCCCAUGGACAGAGAAGCAAAGAGUCCUCUUACUGAAGAUGAAGGUGUGCAGCUAGUAAUCAAGGAUGAAGAUCAACCUGUGCUCCACAACACAUAUGAGCAUGCAAAUGGGAAUGUUUUGCCGUCACUUCCACAAGAUGAUGCACCACUCAAGUCAGAGGAUUGUGACGUGUUUCCUGUUGCUGCCAUGCCUCUGCACCACAGUCAUCCACUCCCCAACUCUCACACACCGGACAAAUGGCAGCAUGGGAUGCUGGAAUACAAGGUACCUCCAGGUGCCCUUGCAAACAUUGAACAGUCUAGGCCAAAAGAGAGCCAAAACCAGGUGGGAAUGGUCCUACCGACCAUAAAGCAGAAACCGGUAACAUCUCCUGAAAUCCCACCUGAAAGGGUCGAGCCCAUUAAAAAGGAAGAAGCAUGCUUCAAUUUGAAUCCUCUCCUGUACCCUAGGGGUAAUCCUGGCAUCAUGUCCCCAUUAGCUAAGAAGAAGAUGCUGUCCCAAGUCAGUGGAACAGGACUGCUUAAUAAUUACCCAUAUGGACCACCACCUCCAUUGGUCAGUAGGAGGUUAUCCAGCAGUAGUACAGAAUACUCAUCCGCCGGACAGCAGAUCUCCCAUGCUCCUUCCUCUACAGAGACCAACAUGGUGAUCAAACGACCAUCAGUCAUUCAGCAUGCUCAGAGCUUCAAAUCCAGGGGUAGUGAGGACAGGAGGUCCUCAACAGAGGGCUCUCAGAAAGAUGGGUGUAGUGAGGGAGAACCAAUACCCCACUCCAUAAGAGAGCCUUACAUUAUGAGGGCCGACCCCGUUUCCAGCAUGGAAAAAUCUGCUGAGAUGCCUCGUCCUGGCAAGGCUCCCAGCUUCCUGGGUGACUUUUACUCCUCACCACACCUACACAACCUCUGCCGACAAACUGAGCACCACCUGAGCAAGGAGCAGAUAAGCAAGUAUCUUAGCAGAGACAUUUACCCUCGAGACUGUGAGACCGCCCAGGGUUUUCCCCCAAGUACGCAUCCCGACAAUGUGGGUUUGAAUUUCUGUGCCCGGCUUAGUCAGAAAGAAAAGGGACCUCCUGCAGAAAGGGUAUCAGAGGAGCAACCAACUGAUUUGAGUCUCCCAAAAUCCUCUCCUCACAAACUGCCUCUUUCCUCAUCCUCUCUCACUGGCAUACCACAUCCCACAAUGCAACAGGACAUUAAAAACUCGCCUCUCUUUCAAGCAGGCAACAGUCAGAGCUCAAGCAUAGAUUACCAUCCCAGGGCCUGUCGUGUUCCUCCCAUGACCGUGUCCUCGUCUAAAAAGGUCAACGAAUCUCAUUCGAAGGUUCUGGAGAAAUCGCACAACGGCAGAGGAGAAGAGACCUCGAGCUACAAGAUCGAUGAGAUGGCUCGGCCCAUUCUGAGCGCGAAAAGCAGCCCACAGAAUAUUUGCACGGCACGGCCACUCAAAAGGAGCGUUGAGGAUUUGGAGAACGGACCAUCGGAGAAGAAGAUCCGGGCCGUCACACCCUUGCACUGCUCGACACAAAGAGACGGCCCAGGGAAACCAAGGACGCCGGAAGCUGACAGUGAGUCCAUGAAGCAAGCAGAACCGGCUCAUGCAGUGCACAUCAACAGUUAUAUUUCAGAGGGCCACAAGAUCCCCUUGCACUCCCACCUAUUCCAAGGGCUGUAUCCAGGGACAUUUGUAUCUCAGGUCCAGGACAUGUGCGAGAGCUUGGGCUCCCACGUCACCCCAAGUUACUCCCAUCCACUGCAGUACUUGAAGAACCAGGCUGUUCUGUCACCAAUCAUGCCCCCCUUCGCCAUUCAUUCCUUAAUGAUGCAAAGACAGUUCCUGGCCACCAAUCCCGCCCACAUGUACAGGCACCAAAUGGGCAACUCAUACGGGGACAUUCUGCACCCUGGCCUCUACCCCAUGUCGGCCCUUCACCCCCAGCCAGCUUUCAGCCCCCCUCAACUCUCUUCGGUGCACCCCAGCACUAAACUUUCCUAGGUGAUGCAGUCUUAUAUUCGCUGGCUGGUAGUGCCCAGCCCAUACGUAACUCAGACUUAAUGCUCCCCUCAAAAUCCCAUCAAGCAUGGUCACACUAUGUAUCCAACGAAUAGCGGUGUUUUAUAAACGCUUUAACACGGGAGCAGUUAUUUCUGUUAAUUUUCUUCUUGCCACUCAAGUUUAUGAUUUGCACAUUUCUUUGAACAGGGGCCAACUGGGCUGAUUGUGGCUUGUUCUCACCGCACUGUUUGAAAGUGUCAGGUGUCUUGUUUGAAAACAUGUUGCCUUGGCACAGGUGCCCAAGUGGAGAUGGGUAUGAUGUCCACAGAGGCAUCCAAAGGAAAGUCGAGUGACAAAUCAGUGCAAUGCAACAGUGCUAUUUCAGUCCAAUCUGAGAGCUCUUUUGUCUGAAACACUAUCGAUACGAUAAUGCAAGAGCUGCCUGGGUAACUGUUGGACCUUUUCACAUUACUCUUGACUGUACGUUUUUUUUUUUUUUUUUUUUUUUUUGCUGUUGUUGUUGUUGUUGUUAUUUUUUUAAAUGCAACAGUGUGGUAGUUUUAUAUGUUUAUUUUUCAAUCCUACAAGGGUUAAGCAAUGAGAUAUCACAUUUGAUAAAGACGCAAAAAGAGACCAGAGUAUUGCAGUUCGGUGUGUUACACGGUUACAUGUAAAUAAAACUAAGCUUUCCUUGAAGGAAUCUUAAAUGUCAGUGAUACAUUGUGAGAUAGGCUUCACAAGCUUCUUUGACCACCUCCCUUUCAGCUCCUCUCAUACCCAGCCAAACUCGCUCCUGUUCAACAGAGCAAUGUGGAAUGCGUUUGUCAAAUGUAGGAUUGAGGUGCUUGUACAUAACCUUCACAGACUGAACGCAUUUUGUAUCACGUUCACUUGCUACUGCUCUGAACUGCGAAGCUAUAGAGCGAUUUCGGGAUGGUGAAAGGAUAAAAUGCAGGACUACUUGAGUGUCAGAAAGUGAGUUUUGUAUUUGCGUGUGUACACUUGUGAUCGUUUACUCAGAGGACUUUUUAUCAGGAGAUACGAAAACUGCAUUUGGGGAAAAACAUUUUACGAGCUCUUAGUUCAAGCACACGCAGGCUUUUCCAUCAUUUUCUGUUUAAGGAUAGUUAACAGUUCAAAUUUGUUUUAGUUAUUGUUAUUGAAUUUUAGGUCUGUAAGUGCUGACAGCAGUCAAAUUUGCGUCUGUAUUAAAUGAAGUGUAACACUUGCCAGAAAAGAAUUUUAAUUAAAAUAAGCAUGAUUUCUUUGCACAAAAGAUUUUGGGAAAGUACAGAGACAUUUUGAAAAGCAACACAGUGCUCUUAGGGGUAAUCAAAUUUUUUUUUUUUUUUUUUUUUUUUUUUGAUGUAUUAGUAGUAGAAACUAAACUUCAAGAAAUGUAUUUACUCCAACAUUGUUUGGAGUAACGCUCAAGGUUGCUAUGUAACAUUUUGUAAUGAGUAAUAAACAGUUUUAUAACUUAA